AUGACUCUCCCUUUGAAGCCGCCUCAGCAAACUGCCGCAGUAGACUCCUCCUAUUCAGACAAGCACAAGAGUCACGGCAAGAACAAGAAUCAUGGCAAGAAUGGCUCUCGCGGCAAGCACUGGAAGCAUGGCAAGAAUGGACACCACGGCAUUGACAAGUACGGUGCUCCUGAUCGUACUACUUGGAACGAGGACAACAUCUUCACGGACUACACGCAGUACAUCCCAGACACUGGCGUCACUCGCUACUACGAUUUGACUGUGGACGAGGCCAACUUGGCUCCAGAUGGCGUCGACGCUCCUUUCAUGCAAGUAUUCAACGGCCAAUUUCCCGGACCCUUGAUUGAGGCGGAUUGGGGCGACCACAUUGAAGUUCGCGUGCACAACCAUCUUCGCAAUAACGGCACCUCCAUCCACUGGCACGGCUUCAUCCACACAAACAACACACAAAACGAUGGAGUCAAUGGCGUCACCCAGUGCCCUAUUCCUCCACUGUCUUCUCUCACCUAUCGGUUCCGCGCGCAACGCUACGGCACCAGCUGGUAUCACAGCCACACAAGUGUGCAGUAUGGCAAUGGACUUUAUGGUCCUAUAUUGAUUCGCGGCCCCUCUUCUGCCAACUGGGACGUGGAUCUUGGCACUGUCAAUAUUGGAGAUUGGUACCACAAGUCGCAAUUUGAGCUUGUCCAGGACUUCUUCGUCAGCGGGCCUCCUACAGCAAGUGCGACCGUGUUCAAUGGCCAGGGUGUAUUCAACGACAACGGCACGCUUCGUGGCUCUUACUACGACAUCACAAAAGAACUCAAGUUCCGGCCUGGUAGGAAGCAUCUGCUCCGCCUCAUCAACUCUGCCUCAGAUGCCAAAUACGAGAUCUCACUCGACGAACACACCAUGACCGUUGUCUCUUUGGACUGGAUUCCCGUUCGCCCAUUCAAAACAAAGACGCUCUUCUUGUCCAUUGGCCAGCGUGCUGAAGUCAUCAUCAAGGCAACAGAAGACCCUCGCAAGUCUUACUGGUUUCGUGCAGAUACGACCGCUUUGGGAAUGAAUCGUGGGACCACUUGUGGCGACAAGAAUUUGUCCGCAAAUCAAUCCAAGGCCAUUAUUUCUUACGUGGGUGCUGAUGGCUCUGAUCCCGAUUCAACGCCGUGGACGUACACACCUCACUGUUCGGAUGUUGCAAUGAAUAAUGCCAAGCCCGUCGUUGCACUGACUCUCCCUCCUCCAAUCUUCAGGCAGAAUCAUUCACUGGAUCCCAUCAAGCCUAAUGCCACUGGUGACAUCGUCUUCAAUGUCGACAACUCGUCGCUGUAUCUCAACUGGAACAAACCUACUCUGAAUCUGAUCAACGAUGGUUUCACUCAAUUCCCAAGGCAGUACAACGUCUAUCAGCUGAACGGCACAGAUCGCGACUCUGUCAUUGUCGUGCUGCAAGACAACACAGGCAUCCCGCAUCCUAUUCACCUGCACGGCCACGACAUGUCUAUUGCUGCGCUUGGUAACGGUACUUGGAACGGGACCAUCAAUUUCGACAAUCCACCUCGACGCGACACUGUUCAAGUCGAAGGAGGAGGCCAUCUCGUCAUGCACUUUGCAUUGGACAAUCCGGGGACUUGGUUAUGGCACUGCCACAUUGCCUUCCACGUCAGUGCAGGUCUGGGAGCGCAAUUUGUCGAGCGUAUACAGGAUAUCAAUACGGUGGAGAAUGUCACGCAGACGUACCAGACAUGCUCGCAGUGGCAGGCCUGGACAGAUUUCAACUUGGUGCUGCAGACGGAUUCUGGGGUGUAG